AUGGAGUCUCUCUUCCACGCCCAGGCUAAGCUGCGACAGGAGCUUGGCUUGAAGAAGGUCAUCGCCAUCUCUAACAAGAACUACAAGCGCCAUGGCACCAAGUCGUACGUCUACCUGCUGAACCGGUUCGGCUUCCAGCCCACCAAGCCUGGUCCCUAUUACCACAAGACAUUCAUCCAAGACGAUGUGAAUGGCAACUCGUACUCCGGUCGCCCUCGGAAGUACACGGAGCUGGUCAAGAAGACUGGCGGAGACCAGACAGGAGAAGUGACUGCGCAAGACCAGCAGAAUGAUUCCGAGUACCUCUGCGAAGUCGACAUCGGCACUCCUGCACAGAAGCUCCUGCUGGACUUUGACACUGGCUCUUCGGACCUUUGGGUCCGCUCCACUGAGCAGUCUUCUUGGCUUUCUUCGUCCAAGGGCCACAACACGUUCAAUGCCGCCAAGUCUUCCACUUUCAAGAAAGCUAAGGGCAAGGCCUGGAAGAUCACUUAUGGCGACGGAAGCUCAGCUUCUGGUGAUGUCGGAACAGACGUUAUUUCGAUUGGCGGUCUCUCGAUCAAGAACCAGGCCGUAGAGCUCGCCAAGACCAUGUCCAAGCAGUUUAGCGACGGCACGGGAGACGGACUCCUCGGCCUUGCCUUCCCAUCAAUCAACACGGUCACCACGAACGGCAAAUCCGACCCCCAGCCGACCCCCGUUACCAACAUGAUCACCCAGUCCGACAUCCCCAAGGAAGCCGAGUUGUUCACUUCCGCUUUCUACAGCUCCCGCGACGCACAGGAGAAGUCUUUCUACACAUUUGGCUGGAUUGAUGAGGAUCUCGUGAAGGCAUCGGGCGAGGACAUUGCCUGGACUGACAUUGACAACUCAGAGGGCUUCUGGAUGUUCCCCAGCGAGAGCGCCACCAUCAACGGCCAAAAGAUCGAGCAGUCGAGCAACAAGGCAAUCGCUGACACUGGCACGACGCUUGCCCUCGUCUCGGACAAGAUCUGCGAAGCCCUCUAUAAGCAAAUCGAGGGCGCCUCGUACAGUGAGGAAUACCAGGGCUACAUCAUCCCCAACACCGUCACGGUUGAUAAUCUUCCUGACUUCAGUGUGGCCAUUGGAGGCAAGGAGUUUGUCAUUCAGAAGCAGGAUCUUGUCUUCGCCCAGGCCGAUGACAAGAACUGGUACGGUGGCGUCCAGUCACGGGGUGAGAACCCGUUUGAUAUUUUGGGCGAUACACUGCUCAAGUCUGUUUAUGCGAUCUGGGAUCAGGGUCGCACCCGCUUCGGUGCGGUUCCAAAGAUUGAGGAGACCCAAGUCAUCGCUCCCUCGCCGGAUGACUCUGGCAAGUAG